AACAGCAUGAAGUUAGAUUGACCUGCGGCUCCGCGUGGAUGGCAGUUAAGUGAUAAUUCUGACAGACAUGAGGCUUCAUCGCAGCUGGAGAAUAUCCUCACCUCAUCUUCACAUCUGUCAUGACUGAAGAAGAAGACGUUUAACGCUCAAAGAGAUGGAGAGGCAUGAGGAGGAGAGGCUGUGUGGGAAAUGCAGGGUUGACUGCGGAUUGCACAGUUACAACUUGAGGGAUAUCUUCACAUGGCGUCUGCUGAAGACCAUCGCCAUGGGCCAGAUCCUGUCUCUGCUGAUCUGUGGGACGGCAGUGAGCUGCCAGUACCUGGCCGACGCCGGGGUGGAGACGCCCAUGCUGCAGAGCUUCCUCAACUACGUGCUGCUGCUGCUCUUCUACACGACCAUCCUCAGCACCCGCAAAGGUGAUAGAAACAUCCUACACAUUUUAAAAACCAAGUGGUGGAAAUACUUGGUGAUGGGUCUGGCAGAUGUGGAGGCAAACUACGCAGUUGUGAAGGCCUACCAGUUUACCACCCUGACAAGUAUACAGCUGCUGGACUGCUUUGUGAUCCCAGUGCUGAUGCUGCUGUCCUGGUUCCUCCUGAAGACUCGCUACAGGAUGAUCCACUUUGUAGCCGUGAUGGUGUGUUUGUUGGGGGUGGGGGCCAUGGUGGGAGCCGACAUCCUGGCUGGAAGAGACCAGGGAUCCACCAGUGAUGUCGUGCUGGGUGAUGGGUUGGUCCUGCUCAGCGCUGUCCUCUACGCUGUAUCCAACGUGUGCCAAGAGUACACCGUGAAGAACUUGAGCCGAGUCGAAUUCUUAGGCAUGAUGGGCCUCUUUGGGACACUAAUCAGUGGCAUACAGCUAACUGUGCUGGAAAUUGGUGCGGUACAGGCAAUAAAGUGGGACUUCCGCAUCUCCAUGCUGUUUGCGGUCUACGCCCUGUGUAUGUACGCGCUGUACAGCUUCAUGCCCGUCGUGGUGAAGAUGACCAGCGCUACCGCAGUCAACCUCUCUCUGCUCACAGCCGACCUCUUCAGCCUCUUCUGUGGCAUCUUCCUCUUCCACUACACAUUUUCAGCUCUGUACAUCAUCUCGUUUGUCGUCAUCACCGCGGGUUUUGUCUUGUUCAACGCCGUUCCCACAUACUCUGCUCUACCUGAGUCCGGCUCCAGUGAGGACGACCCCGCUGAAGUGUUUGCCGAUCACACGGCUGAGAGCUCUUCAGACCAUCUACUGCCAGCGGAAAAAGACCCUCAGAGACCUGAGACGCUCAUACCUGCUGCUGCUGCUGCUGCUGCACUUUGACUUGUGUGACUGAAACUGACUGCAGAGAGAAGAAGGCCUUCCUGUUGGUAGACAGGCAGCUAAAUGCCGCUAGACUGCAACACUCAGACGUGUGUCUGGGUGCAGAGAUUAUUUUUCUUCCAUCAUAGGUCAAAGGAAAAAGUUCAUUUUAAAGAGAACUGUUUAACUUCUUUAUUAUAUUAUGUUACAGAAGUACAUGUUUUCUUGUGCUUAGCAAGAAAGUUUAUUUUGCAUUUUCCAUAUCAAGGGAAAUGCGGUUAUAUGACAUCUCAGUGCUUGUGGCAGUUUGCAUUGAUAAUGUUUUUGAUUCUUAUUGACAUUAUGUAAAAUUACUACUGAUAUGUUACUUAAUUUGUACUUGAUAUCAACUUUUUUUUUUAACACAAACAAUGCACCGAUGUGGCUGCUGUUUACUCUCCCCAAACUGUUCUGGUCAGUUACUUGGAAGUUGUUUCUCCUUUUUUAUAUUUUAAUAUAUUUGGUAUUUUGUAAAAUACAUCAGUUGAACUGUUUAACCAUCAA